AAGAGUCUGAGGAGAUAGUUAAACGAUCUUUAAUUUCUGAGAAUCCACUUGAUACAGCUUAUAGAUUUUGAAAUGAUGAAUGAUAGCAAGCUCAAUAUUGAACCAGAUGAUAAUGAAAGCAAUGGAGAAUAUGGAUUUUACAUAUAUGACUGAGAUACAGAAGCAUUAGCUAUUCCAUUCUUUCUUGAAGGGAAAGAUUUGAUUGGCUAAAACUGGAUCUGACAAAACCUUUUUAAUUCCUGCUAUUGAAUUAAUUUAUAGAUGGAAGUUCAUGCCUUAUAAUGGUACUGAUUGUAUCAUUAUGUUUCCCACAAGAGAAUUGUCUAUGCAAACUUUCGGAGUCUCGGAAAAAUUAAUGAAAUAUCAUUAUGAUACAUAUGGUCUUCUGAUGCCAUAGAUAGAGCGAAAUGCAAAACUCGGAAAAGGGAUCAAUAUUAUUGUGGCGAUGCCAGAACGAUUAUUAGAUUAUUUGCAAAACACACCUGAUUUCUUAAAGAAAUUCCUUCAAUAUUUGAUCAUUGACGAAGCAGAUCGUAUUUUAGAUAUUGGAUACAAGGAAGAGUUGAUCAUCAACAUUCUUCCCAAACGUCGGCAAAUUAUCUUCUUCAGCGCGACAAAUACACAAAAGAUCACAACAAUAACAAUAAGCGUUAAAAAAAAACUUAUAUAUGUGGAAGUCGACAAGGAUAUGGCGACUGUGGAGGACUUACAGCAGGAUUACAUAGCAUCGAGCGAGAAAAGAUUUCUACUUUUGUUCACGUUCUUAAAGAAAAAAAAGAAGAUGAUGCUUUUCUUCAAUUCUUGCAUGUCCGUUAAAUAUUACCAUGAACUUUUAAACUACAUUGAUUUACCAGUGAUGAGUAUACAUGGCAAGCAGAAACAAACGAAAAGAAUUAUCUUUCAUCAAUUUUGCAACGCUUUUCUCAAUAAUAAAUACUAA